AUGUCUAUCAGUCAAAUGAUACUAGCUGGUAUGGAAAGGUAUUGUCUUUCCACAAUUAGAGAUAACCAGACCAUGAAAUUCAUCAUUUUGCUUCUAUCUGAUGAAAAAAUUAUGAAUAUAUAUGAAAUAUUGGAUGUGAAAGCAUUGAUAUACUUCUUGUUCACAAUUCAACAAAAUUUGGCUUUGUUUUCAUGUCAAAUUACCAGAAUGGUACCUCCGACUUACAGCAUUCUUAAAGCACCCCUUCCACCUGUGAUUGUACUAUCCGAUGUACGAAUCAACAAAACGAUUCCAAUCGAUCAUGACGAACAGUUGUCGAAACUGAACAAGCUCCGAGUAUCAUUCAGUCAGCGAAAGAAAUUCUGGAUCGACGUCGAAGUGCUUAAUAAGACACAAUACAGACAACGUAACCAACAUCGUCAAUUCCAUCGAUUCAGACGCGCCGAAGAGGCUCGUCGAAUCUUGAAAAGGUUCAAGUCAUUAGCAAUAGACCAGGUAGUCAAUGAUAUCUACAAGGCUUUCUGGAAUGCAAAAACAAUUGAAGCAUGUCAGGGAAAAUGGAAUUUUAUCCCUAGCAAGGAGUUUGCAGAAUAUACAAUGCAUCGUUUAAUUUCUGCCACCCUUCUUUUGGAUAAGCUACAAAUGGUCUUGGUAGAGACCUAUAGAGAUCAUUCAAAGUUGCUCAAAUUGGAGCAUUUUGUGUCUCUAGGGUUGACCUACAUGGCUAUAUGUAGUCGACUUUCAAUAAUGUCAGCUACCUGGGCAAAACAGCUCGAGGAUUGUUAUCUCCUUCUGCAGCGGUGGCACCUUGCAUUUCCUUCAGGAAUAAAGCAAAAAAACCAAGAAGCCUUUUUAUCCCAGAGCAACCAAAUUUGUGGUCCACAUACAAUGCAAGAUGCUCGUUUAGAAUACAUUCGAAAAGAGAGUCAGGAAAGGAGCACCUUUAAAGAGCCUCUCCAUUUUUCCUCCUAUGUGGCUCAUAGCUCGAGACUCCCCCCAAUAGCCAUAUUAAAGAAGGAGUUGGAAGAAGUCGAAAAAAUGGGGAUAGGCAUUAAUGAUGGUGGUGGUGGUGAUAGUGAUGAUGAUGAUAAUGGCAAUGAUGAAUGUGAUUUUGAAGACAUGGGAGAGGUCAUCCAGCGAGAAUAG